AUGCUGCCGCAGGACGUCGCCAGGCCGCAGAAGCCUCGCCGCGUGUCCGUCCCGGUGUGUGGUGGGGGGGGACACGGUCCUCCGGUGCCUCCGCCUCGGCGCUGCAGGAACCGGCGAUCCGGAUCCGCACCUCCGGAGCGCAAGGUGGACUGCGUGCUGGUCGGGGACGGAGCCGUGGGCAAGACCAGCCUCAUCGUGAGCUACACCACCAACGGGUACCCGACAGACUACGUUCCCACCGCGUUCGACAACUUCACAGUGAUGGUCGUGGUCGACGGGAAACCAGUGAGGCUGCAGCUCUGUGACAUGGCCGGACAGAAAUGGGGGCUGGUCGAUGGAUCAAUCAAUGACGAGCUGGAACGUCUCCGGCCUCUUUGCUACAGGAACGCAGACGUCUUCCUGCUCUGCUACAGCGUGGUGCGGCCCUGCUCCUUCCGUAACCUGAUGGACAGAUGGGUCCCUGAGAUCCGUCAGCACUGUCCCGGCGCCCCCCUGGUCCUGGUCGGAACCCAGUUGGACCUGAAGGAGGACGUCCAGGUGCUGAUCCACUUGGCCCAGAACCAGCAGCGGCCGGUGGACACCGAGGAGGGCCAGCGGCUCGCCCAGGAGCUCGGGGCCGUGAGCUUUGCCGAGUGCUCGGCGCUGACCCAGAAGAACCUGAAGGAUGCGUUCGAUUCGGCCAUCUUGGCCAGUAUCCAGCAGACGGACAGUAGCAGCGUCCAGCAGCAGAGGACGACUCUGAGGAGGAAGACACCAGACAAGAUCAAGAGUCUGUCAGAGACCUGGUGGAGGAAGAUGAACUGUCUGAUGGGAGAGCAGAGCUGUGACUUCCAGUGA